AUGUCUUCAGUACGCCCAAUGACGCCAGCAGACUUGCUGAAAUUCAAUCCUUGCAAUCUCGACCACCUGACGGAAACAUAUAACAUCGGCUUCUACCUAGACUACUUUUCCAAAUGGCCCGAACUGUGCAUGGUGAUUGAAGGCCGCCACGGCGAGAUUGAAGGAUACAUCCUCGGCAAACUCGAAUCCUCACCCUACCCAGCCCCCGUCCAUCCCUACGACCCCUCGCACGCGGCCUACAAAUCCCAAUACCCCAACUACCUAGGCUGGCACGCACAUAUAACCUGCCUAACCAUCUCGCCCUCCUCACGCCGCCUGGGCCACGCAACCGCCCUCUCGCACUCCCUAGAAACCAUCGGCGAUCGUGAAAACGCAUGGUUCGUCGACCUUUUCGUAAGGGUGGAAAACACAGCUGCCAUUGAGCUGUACAAGAAAAUGGGCUAUAGUGUGUACAGAAGGAUUGUGGAUUAUUACAAUGAUGGCAGUGAUGCUUUUGAUAUGAGGAAGCCGUUGAGCAGGGAUAAGAAGAGGGAUACGGUUAGGGAGGGGGGUGAGGAGAUUAGAGUUGACCCUGGGGAGGUGUGGUGA